UACCUAAUUACCAAGUAAGGAAGUUGAAAAGAAAAUCAUGGUAAUAAUUCAAUUUAAUUUUGUAUUCGUUUACACAGCGACUCCUGUUGCGAAACUGCCAUCGUUCCCUCCUUACCCGCCUUACUCCACGGAGGUAGCACCACCGUCAGUGGCAGAGACAAUCAUCGCAGGCCAUGGUCUAAGGCUGCAACACAAAUCCGUUCCACGCAAGCCUUUAAAACCUCCUCCAAAGCCGGCUAAACCCAGAGGUCCCAAAGCAACUGAUGUGAAGAUGGCGAAAAGUGCAAUCCGAGCACACGCCCGCUGUUUGCGCAAGCAUGGCGCUAUACUGACGGACCGUCUCGAACACAUAUCGAAGCCCACACGACGCACCAUUAUAAACUUGUGGCGGGAACACGCUUACACGUUGCCUCCAGAAACGAUUGCUCGUCUACGUUCAAUGUUGGAUGCCGACGAACCAUUUAAGCCGGACCAGGCGUAUGAAUAUUUUAUCAAUUUAAGAAAAACUCGGAAGAAAGCUACUGCCACAUCACGUGUUAAUGCAAUAAAGAAAGAUAUGUUGACUAUGGUUGGCGAAAAAAGGUUCGUAUGGGCACGAAACGCUACUGUGGCGUUCGCUAGGGGGAUACAACAACGAUUAUCCAGACCUGGGCGUUAUGCACUGGCCGAUGGAAUGCUAAGGUUGUCUAAUAUUAUCUUGGAUGACAUUUGCGGUUAUAUGCACAUGAAAACUCCUUCGAGGCGAUGUACGCACCCUAAAGCGAGGUUCAUGAUGGAGAUAGCUGAUAAGGUUGCCGUUUGGAUUGACGAAAUUCUAUCAGAAUCAGACGACAGGAUGCUAAUGAUGGACUUCGAUGAAGACGAUGAAGUGGAAAGGUUCUUCGAAGAUGAAGUUAGGCCAGAAGGAGAACCUCAUGACAAGGAUAAGUCGCCAUUAUUGGCGUCGCCUGCUGCUACUGAUGGCGGUGUUACUCCUGAGCCUGUCCCUGGGCUUGGGCCUAUACCGGUGUCAGUGCCAGGCUCCCCGACUGCUGAAGCAAUCCCAGGUGGCACUACCCUGGCUGCCGCCAUUCCCCUGGCCGCCGGCACUCCCCUGGACGCUGCGACUCCCCUGGGCGACGCUACACCACUGUCCGCCGCCACGUCGCUGGCCGCCUCAACUCCCCUGGCCGCCGCCACCCCCCUGGCCGCCAGCACCACGCCACAGUCAGCCCAGACACCAGCCACCACAACCACGCCUGGUGAUCAAACACCCCUAAGUACUACUACAUCGGGAGCUACAACUAAGUAA